AUGGACCCCUCGCAAGUCAAAAUCCCACCAAUGAAAGACCUGACGGUCGAAAACAUCACCGAAAACGUCAUAACAAUCAACUCGCUCUGUGAAGAUGCGCGCAUGAAAUAUGUCCUGGAGCGCCUCGUCACGCACCUCCACGCCUUCGCCCGCGAAACCCGCCUCAGCAGCGACGAAUGGAUGGCCGGCCUACGCUUCCUCACCGAGGUCGGCCAGAUCUGCACCGACGUCCGACAGGAAUUCAUCCUGCUCUCCGACGUCCUGGGCCUCUCCAUCCUCGUCGACUCAAUCGACCACCCCAAGCCCGCCGGCUCCACCCAAGGCACCGUCCUGGGCCCUUUCCACACACACGACGCCGAGGAGAUGCCGGCCGGCGAGUCGAUGUCGCACGACCCCAAGGGCGAGCCGCUGCUGGUGGUGUGCACGCUGCGCGAUAUGCAGGGGCAGCCGAUUGAGGGCGUCCAGAUCGAUAUCUGGGAGACGGAUUCGACGGGCCACUAUGAUGUGCAGUAUGCGGGGCGCGAGGGGCCGGAUGGGCGGUGUAUUAUGCGCUCGGAUGGGGAGGGGAUUUUCUGGUUCAAGGCCAUUACGCCUGUGCCGUACCCGAUUCCGCAUGACGGGCCGGUGGGGAGGUUGUUGAAGAAGUUGCAUCGGCACCCGUACCGGCCGAGCCAUAUGCACUUUAUGUUUGAGAAGGAGGGCUAUGAUCAUCUGAUUACGGCUUUAUACCUCCGCAACGAUCCCUACGAAACCUCCGAUGCGGUCUUUGGCGUGAAGGAUUCGCUGACUGUGGACAUUGGCAAAGCUGGCCCGGAGAUCGCCAAGAAGUACAACGUCCCCGAGGGCCAUGCCCUACUUACGUAUGACUUUGUGCUGGUCUCUGACGCGGAGACGAGCGAGCUGCGCGCGAAGAACUCCAAGGUUGCGCUGGAUAAGCUCGGCCGUAAGGUGAAGAUUGUAAAUGGGUUGCCGGUGCCGGAUUUGGACUAA